AUGUUUUCCUUUUUUUUAGAAAAGCAGCCAUUUCCUCACUGGCAACUGAGUAACUUCUUGGAUGUUGACCCCUCGAUAAUCGAGUGUGUUGAGCAGGAGCUUAUCAAAUAUCCAGCUUGGCAUCGUAAAGAGAAUGACUUGUACUCGCUUCAUCAAACACCUGAUCUUAAAAGUCUCAAAGCGCUGAAAUACCCUGCAAUAACUAGCUUCAGGGAUUUUCUCUACAAAGAAGUGCGCGAGUGGUUGGCCCGCACCAGUGGUAUUGAACUUCUUCCACAAGUAGAUUCUACUGGUAGUUGCUACGCCAGCACUGAUUGCUUGUUAGCACAUUCUGAUCAGGUUCUUUUCUAG